CCCUCACUAUCCGCCCCGCUCAGGCUUUCAGCUAACCAGCCAGCUCGACGCAACUUUUAUCACAGCCGGUGUAUUUAUUUAUUUAUUUAUUUUAUUAUUCUUUUUAUUCUGCCUUUAUUUUAGUGUCGGUUUGGGACUCGUUGGAAAUGGAUUAUAUCGCGUGUUCUUUAGGUUUGUGGCGGUUCUGAGCGUUUUUGUUCUAGAAGACAUUAGCACAGGACGUCCUGGGAAUCAAUCCCUCAGCGCCUCGCGCUUCAUUCUCAGCCUGAGAAGAGAUUUAGCAUCGCUGCUAACGCCGUGCCUGCUUUCAACACUCCACUGAGGUGGUGUGUGAUCCAGAAUGAAGCUCUGGUGAAGGUUCUACUUGUGCAUGAUGCUGGGGUUGUUCGUGCUGAUGAUGGCUGUGUUGGGGGAGAGUCUGGCCUGCUCAGGCUCGGCAAACUGCACACCGGGCAAAAAUGACUCCAAGGAGUGGUGCUAUAAGGCAAGGAUUAGCAGCACCGUGCUGCAGGGACUUCCAUUCGGAGGAGUGCCCACUGUCCUCGCCCUCGACUUCAUGUUCUUCCUGGGGCUACUUUGUGUGUUCUCUUUCCUGAGGAAAGUAGCGUGGGAUUAUGGGCGUCUGGCGUUGGUCUCGGAUGCAGACAGGCAGGAUCAGCGAUACCGGCGUCUGGACGAACUAGAAUACGUGGCCUCCGCGUUGCAGACGCCAGUUGAUUCCCGUUACGAGCGCUUGACUUCGGUUUCCAGUUCCAUCGACUUCGACCAAAGAGACAGCGGUUUCUGUUCCUGGCUAACGGCCAUCUUCAGGAUCAAAGAUGAUGAGAUCAGGGAGAAAUGUGGUGAGGACGCAGUGCACUACCUCUCAUUCCAGCGCCACAUCAUCGGUCUGCUGGUGGUGGUGGGCGUGCUGUCCGUGGGCAUUAUCCUGCCAGUCAACUUCUCAGGAGACCUUCAGGAUCAUAGUGCAUAUAGUUUUGGGAGAACAACAAUAGCUAACUUGAACUCUGGGAAUAACCUGCUAUGGCUGCACACUAUCUUUGCAUUCCUUUACCUGCUACUGACCGUCUACAGCAUGAGGCGACACACCUCCAAGAUGCACUACAAGGAAGACGAUUUGGUGAAACGCACUUUAUUCGUUCAUGGCAUCAACAGAUAUUCAGAAGAGAGUCAGAUAAAGCUGCACUUUGAGCAAGCAUAUGAAAACUGCGUUGUGCUGGAAGCUCGCAUUUGUUAUGACGUGGCCAAACUCAUGUCUCUGGACUCAGAAAGGAGGAAGACGGAACGCAGCAAGAAGUUCUACACUGACCUGUACAACAAGGAACACGUGCAUACUAUGAUCAACCCCAAACCAUGUGGCCACCUGUGCUGCUGCGUCAUAAAGGGCUGUGAGCAGGUGGAAGCAAUGACCUACUACACUGAUCUGGAGGCCAAGCUGAGAGAGGAAUAUAAGAAGGAGAGAGAGAAGGUCACCACUAAGCCUCUGGACAUGGCUUUCGUCACCUUCCAGAGUGAAGCCAUAACUGCAGUUAUUCUUAAAGACUUUAACGCGUGCAAGUUUCAUGGCUGUCACUGUCAGCGCGAGCCCAAAUCCUCACCCUUCAGCAGCAUCCUACAUACACACAACUGGUCAGUCACCUACGCUCCUGACCCACAGAAUGUCUACUGGGAGCACUUGUCAAUAGGCGGCGCAUCCUGGUGGCUCCGCUGCCUAGUUAUCAACUGUUUCCUCUUCCUCCUGCUCUUCUUUCUCACCACUCCUGCCAUCAUCAUAUCUACCAUGGACAAGUUUAACGUUACAAAACCUGUGGAGUACCUGAAUAAUCCCAUAAUCACCCAGUUCUUCCCCACUCUGCUCUUGUGGAGCUUCUCGGCCCUGCUGCCCACCAUCGUGUACUACUCUGCUUUUUUUGAGGCACACUGGACACGUUCUGGGGAGAACAGAACCACUAUGCACAAGUGUUACACCUUCCUCAUCUUUAUGGUCCUGCUGCUGCCGUCUCUGGGCCUCAGCAGUUUGGAUGUGUUUUUUCGCUGGCUUUUUGACAAGAUGUUCCUGGCUAAUGCUACAGUGAGAUUCGAAUGUGUAUUUCUUCCGGACAAUGGGGCUUUUUUUGUAAACUACGUAAUUGCCUCAGCCUUCAUUGGUAAUGCUAUGGACCUAUUGCGCAUUCCGGGUCUGCUCAUGUACAUGAUUCGUCUGUGCUUGGCUCGCUCUGCAGCCGAGAGACGCAAUGUAAAGAAGCAUCAAGCGUACGAGUUCCAGUUCGGGGCAGCGUAUGCCUGGCUGAUGAACGUCUUCACUGUAGUCAUGACCUACAGCAUCACCUGUCCGAUUAUUGUUCCUUUCGGCUUAAUGUACAUGUUGUUAAAGCACCUCGUGGACAGGUAUAAUAUGUACUACGCCUACUUGCCGUCCAAACUGGAUAAGAAGAUCCACUCCGGAGCUGUGAACCAGGUGGUGGCUGCGCCCAUCCUGUGCCUCUUCUGGUUGCUUUUCUUCUCCAUUGUACGCAUAGGGUUCCUCACUGCCACCUCAAUGUUCACAUUUGUGGUUCUGAUAAUCACCAUCAUAAUUUGCGUCUCUCACGUUGUUUUCGGACAUUUUAAGUACCUAAGCGCACAUAAUUACAAGAUUGACUCGCAGGAAGUGGAUGGGGUAGAGAACGGACAGCCGCCUGGCACCUCCCCACCCACCAAAUCUGCGAGGUACAUCGCACAGGUCCUACAGGAGCAGGGCCCAGAGGAGUCAGUCUCCGGGAGUGGUGAGGAAUACGGCCAGAGUUCCCCGCAGGAUGACGAGCUCAUGGCACCGGGCUCAGUUGUCAAUGAGGGGGAUUUCCAGUCAGGAGAGGACAGUCUCAUCGACAACGAGGUGCACCAGUGAGGCACACUACGUUCAGUAUAUAGAGCUAGACAGACUAUAAUUAGAUCAAAAGCAAACACACUGUACUGAGAUCGGAUAAAGCUGUGCUUCAGGACCCUUGUGUUGUCCGGACCAGGGGGAUCACACUCUGGAUACGUUUCUUCCUUUGGGCUUGGAGGGCAGCUAGCAAACACUAACAAGGCUCGACCAUUUCCUUUCUUACUUGACAUGGAAAAAAGCCACUUGUGCUACUACACACUAACUUAAAUCUAAUCGAGUUCACCGAGUCACUCAUGCUGCUUCAUGACGGCUUGUUCACAUCAUGUACGACUGGCUCUCUAUCGCCUGCAUCACCAUUGGCUGGAGGAAUCUGUUGUGAUUGCAAAUCCAUUUUGCUUUGGGAGAAAUCCUUUUGAUCAUGGUAUUUAUGCAUUAUGCACCUAUUUUGUGUUACUAGUCUGAAGUUUGUAAUCAGUAGGUUCAUGGGUUCAGAAAUGUAAACUGUUCUCUGAAAGUGAGUAUUUACCUGGACACACUCCAACUUGCUAUCUAUGGAAAUGCAGGGUUGUCGUUUUUCGUUCUCUGGUAAAAAAAAUAAAAUAAAACCUGUGUCAGUUUUGCAGUCUUGAGCCAAACUGUUAAUGUUACGACUGUUCUUUGUGGCUUCAGCUGUAACUGAACACACUGGGGGGGAACAAAAAAAUUAAGCAUGCACCAAGUACUUUGCUUCCAUGCAGGGUUUUACAGCUGACCUAAACACAGCUGCUGUGGCUCUCCUACAAUUACCAUCUCAUUGGGUUGUUUUACCACUGCGUGGUUACGUACUGAAGCAGAGCCGACUAUCCAGCAAAUCAUUGGCUAGAUUGCAGGUUAUUGAUUAUUGUCAGGGUUCGGCUGCAGAAACAGUCUCAUUCAUAAUGGGAUUUACGGACUACUUUAUUAAACAGACUCGGGGGUUAUAACUGUGAUCUAGAUGCCUUUACUACCUGAUUGUAACGUGAUCUCGUGAAUUCUUGAUUUUGGUGGAUGUUCUCAAAGACAGACCAUAUAGGGUCGUCACUUCCUUGCACGUUCUAGCAUGAGUUGUGUAUUCGCCUUUUUUUUCUUCCUCUUUCUUCUUUUUUUUGGAGAGGAUGGGAUACUUUUGUUAAAAAGGAUACUGAAUGUAUAUGUAAUUGUUUUGUUGCUAAUGUAAGGAGCAGCAUCAUCAGAUCCUUUAAUUCUGCCAUAAAUUCUAAACAACGUAGCAAUCAACAUAGUCGAUCACUGAAUGCAUUUUUUUUUUUUUUAUGUCCCACGACAAAAAAUGGAACGAGCAAAACUUUAAAUGCAGGGAUAGUCUGUCGUUGACGUCUUUUUUUGUGGAUUUCACCGUAUCUCCAACCUGCUUUCUUUAUAGAAGCAGCUGAACGAGCGUUGUGGGACGUAAGAGCGAUAAAGAGAAAGUGAGUGUGAGUGUAUCAGUGUAAAAUCACAUGCCAUAUCAACAGGCCCUGGUUGGUACUGAAAAAAAUGACUACUGAAUUAAUCGUCCAUGCAUUUUAAUUGUUUACAUGAAAUCACUGUCAAAUGUUUGGCCUGCCAUAUUCUGUCAUGAAACCAUGGUGAGUAAUUUGUGAGCCUAUGACUACAGAUUAGGAGGAGAAGCGAUGCACAUUUCUUUUUUGUUUUUCUGUACUGACACUUGAAAAAUGAUGUAAAUCUUAUAAUCUCACUAAUUUAUGAAUGGCAGUGAUGCUCCUACUCAUGUUUCAAUAGCAAUGAUGCUGCUCCUCGUGUUACUUUAAACAUGAAUCAUGGUGAUAAGAAAACACUCAUGAUGAUGCAGCAUUUCCAUUAAUCCUUGACUUAAGGAAAUCCUUGUGUUUAUCUGAUUAAUUUGUAACUCUGGGGGUGUUUGAUCCUGUAGAUGAUGAUUUAAAAUGAUGAAAUAUGACCUGGAGGCUGCACUUUAUGCACACAACUCUUGUCAAUGUUUCUGCUUGUUUCUGAGAUUUUAUUUAUUUCAUUUGCUACAGUUUCUCAUUGGAACAGGAGGAUCUGACUAAAGUGGAGCUGUUGGAACGAGUGUGUGUGUGUGUGUGUGUGUGUGUGUGUGUGUGUGUGUGUGUGUGUGUGUGUGUGUGUGUGUGUGUGUGUGUGUGUGUGUGUGUGUGUGUGUGUGUGUGUGUGUGUGUGUGGUUUGUCACUGCACUGCUCUCAUGAACACUAAACUGUGGCAUUUAAGAGCAUGUAUACAGCUCAAACAUGUACUGUCAAUCAAGACGUUGGUUUUUGGGUUGUUGUUUUUUUUUUCUCUCAAGAACACUAAGCAUCCAUUUUAUUGUGACAGCUAAACUUUUCUAUUGUAGCUUCCUUUGUUCCUCAGAAAUCUUUUUUAUAAUGUCCACCUCAGAGCCUUCCAUGUCUUUAAACAAUAAAUUCAGCCUUUACUGAUAAAA